AAUCUCACUUUAUUCGCUUCAUUGCUUGCGCACUUGUCUUUGGCUUUGGAAUCCACAGCCUCUAUUUAAAUACUCCCAUCUAAUAUCUAUCAAUAAUCCCUCGCAUUUGGUGCUUCAGUACUCAUCGUCUACCACCAUAUUCAUUUUAUUUUCGUUAAAAAUCCCAACUUUUGUUAGGGUAUUCCGAGAAUUUAUGGAGAAAAUCAGGAGAGCUUCGCACGCAGGCUCAUGGUACACCGAUAAUCCCAAAAAAUUGGCAGAAGAGCUUGAUGGAUGGCUCUGUGCAUCUGGACUGGUAAAAUCUGCUGAUGUACGAGGGGUGAUUGCGCCUCAUGCAGGCUAUUCAUAUUCAGGCCAUGCAGCAGCCUAUGCAUUUGGAAACAUAGACCCAACAAGCAUUACUCGUGUCUUUCUUCUUGGUCCAUCUCACCACUAUUACACUCCAAAGUGUGCUCUUUCAAGAGCUACUGUUUACAAGACGCCAAUUGGGGAUCUACCUAUCGAUCUAGAAGUCAUUGAGGAGCUAAAAGCUACAGGAAAAUUUGAACUGAUGGAUCUUCAAGUUGAUGAGGCUGAACAUAGCAUGGAGAUGCACUUGCCAUAUCUUGCUAAAGUAUUUUAUGGGUACCCCGUAAAAGUUGUUCCAAUUUUGGUCGGUGCUGUUAGUGCGGAAAAUGAAGCCAUGUAUGGACGGUUGCUGGCCAAAUAUGUGGAUGACCCAAAUAAUUUCUUUUCUGUGUCCUCAGAUUUUUGUCACUGGGGCUCUCGGUUCAACUUUACGCAUUAUGACAAAAAACAUGGAGCUAUCCACAAAUCCAUUGAGGCCUUGGAUCGGAUGGGAAUGGAUAUAAUAGAAACAGGAGACCCAGAAGCAUUCAAACACUACCUGUCAGAGUAUGACAAUACCAUUUGUGGACGUCAUCCAAUCAGUGUAUUUCUCCAUAUGUUGAAGAACUCUUCAACAAAGAUGAAGAUAAAAUUCCUUCGAUAUGAACAAUCAAGCCAGUGCAAAACCAUGAGAGACAGCAGUGUAAGUUAUGCAUCUGCUGUGUCAAAGGUAGAUCCUUGAAUUUGUUCACAUGUAGUGGAAGGUUUGUGAAUCUAAACUUUCUUACAUUGACUGUACUUUGAAACCUAAUUACUCCUGAAUUAACCCAUUUUACUUUGGGUUACCUCGUAAAAAUUCAUCUUUGGAUUUUCUU